AUGGCGCCGCGUUAUAUCACCUACCAGGUGCUGUGUUGGCUUUAUCUCAUGAGCUAUAAAGGUGCAAUGUCUACUCUUACAAUAACAAGCAAUAGCACCUACGCUCAUCAAAUGAUUGAACUUAAAUGUGUUUCUUCAAAGCCUUUUACAAGAUAUGAGUGGAAAAAAGGCAAUAUCAGUGCUGUGACCAUUUAUAGACUGUCCAAAGAUAAUACCAGCCUAUAUAUCCCUGAUGCGGUGUUUGAGGACUGUGGACGUUACAUCUGCAUUGCAGAAAAUAAUGGGGCAAUUGAGCAAGCAGAAUACGAAUUAAUUAUUGAUGGUAUCCUUCCAUACGAAUAUAGGAUAAUAACAACAGCUGUCGCAGGCCUUGGGUUUAUGCUGACAUCAGUUAGUGCCUUCAUGCUCUCAACAAUGUUUCGGAACAGAGAUCUGAAAGCACGGAAAUUCAUGAUUGGUCUUUGCCUGCUCUGCCUGAUGUCAUCACUAAUUUUGCUUGUAGCUGCGACCACUUUGUGGAUCUUUAUUGAUGGUUGGACCAUUGAAUCAGUGGCUCUUCUAAUUGUUUCACUUGUUUUCAUGUUUAUACCAAUGAUAAUGUAUGCUGGGAAAAAGAAAGGUCCAUGUCAACGGUUUUGGGCAAGUGACUAAAAGCUACCAAGAUGAAGAUGAGGAGAGUGAAACUGAUCCUGAGAAAGAAGUUGCCGGGCCUUCAAAGACCUGAUACAGG